AGAUUGUUUUGGACGAUCAUCAAAGCUGGUCGUAGAAGUGAUGAUGGACGUGCUUUCAUGGAGGCUUGUUGGAGCUAUCCUCCAGCUGCAAGGCAACGCACUUGUCUCGCAAAAAUGACUUGGUUUCCUCGUCCUCAGUCUGCAUGGCAUGGAGAGGGAUAAACAGGACGACAGAGUUGAUGGGAUAAAGACGUUUUCCUGCUGUUUGUGUGGUUUGACAGCCCCAUUCGAGUCUUUUGGUCGCUCACUGGGAGAUCACUCCAGAUCAAGCAACAAAUCAAAGAUCAUUCUUCUGGAGGACAGCUACCUGCGGCAGGAUCCAUUUGCAUCAAGAAGCAGACCCUUAUUCCUUGGUGCUCAUUGCAGCCUUUGCCAGAAGAUGGUGUGCAGCUCUUGUUCCUUGUUCUACACCCGCAGAUUCUGCAAGCCUUGUGCCCUACUGCACCGCAAAGCAUUUCCCCCAGAGCUGCAGCUGGCAGAGACAAGAAUCUUCCAAUCGGCCUAGAUUUCUACCAUGGCGGAGUGGUGUCCACAACAGCGGUUGGCCUAGAUUUCUACCAUGGAGGAGUGGUGUCCACAACAGCGGUUACCAAAGUUUCUUCAGCCAUGUCGAUAUCGCAUACUAGAAAUCAGCUGUGAAUCAGUGGGUGGUCACUAGGCAUAUCAGAAGAUUGUAUGGUCAGGGAGACAAAUUGCUGGAUGUUGUCAUGCGCAAUCCCAUGUUCGGCUGGUAUCACCUCGACUCGAAGGCUUUG